AUGGUCACCAUGAAAAUUUACACUCAAGCAGGUACUUUCAGUGAUGAUUCUGGAAUAAGCGUAAACGAGAAACGUGACCAUUCCACUGCCGAUCCAAAUGCACCAUUUAAAUUGAAGAAAGUCGAUACGGAGCCGAACGUAUCUGAUGCGCCGAAACCAGGUAAUGGAAUGUACAUUACUAAAGGAGGUAGUUCGCAGCACAAAUUCAAACUAAAGUUACCUUUCGGGUGUAUGAGUGCUUCGACCAGCGGAAUAAAUACUACACCUCCAAGUACCCCGAGACGCUCUGUUAAGAGGAAGUUAAUGAGUAGUCCGUCUCCGGCUAGACUAACAUUUGUUCGUGAUUCACCGACCAGUUCAUCCAGUCGUUCAUCACCGAUCAGUUCCCCGAGUCGUGCAGCGGCUGAGUUUUUGUAUCUCCGUGCUGUAUCAUCGCUUAGUAAGGUAGCGGCCUCAUUUCGACCUCGCCAUCAAACGAAUGUGCAAAGAACUCCGACUCCGCAAAGAACACCGACUCCGCUAAGAUCAAUGACUGUGCAAAGAACACCGACUCCGCAAAGAUCAAUGACUGUGCAAAGAACACCGACUCCGCAAAGAUCAAUGACUGUGCAAAGAACACCGACUCCGCUAAGAUCAGUGACUGUGCAAAGAACACCUCAAAGUACAUUACGUUUCAAACCGCAGGCAACUAGAAUAUCUCCAUCAUCGAGAAAUCGUACGAAUAUGAAUGAUGAAGAAGCACCAUCGUAUCUUACUUUAAACUUCGAUCAAUUUUCAAAAUUUCAAGAUGUUGGUACGUAUCUGUAA